AUGGCUACUGCUGAAGGUCUUCCUCGCGCACAUGAUCGCAAUGGUCGCCGUCGCCCAUUCUCGAGCUGGAUGAAACGUCUCGCCAGUCUCAAGAGCUCCUCCGACUCAGGAAGCCAUCGCUGGUCCCACAAACGACACACAAAUACCAAGGGCAAGAAGAGCAACGGUCAAGGCAACAAUCCGUACCCGCUGUCCGGGAAUAUUAACCGCCCAAACAACAAUGACUCGUAUUCCGAGGCUGGGGAUCGCGAUGGACAAGGCUCACGCUCGCGAAGUGAUCCGUCGCUGGUUUAUUCCGCCUACGAGAAUCAAAUUCAUGCGACAAGUGGCGCGAAAUCGAAUGCCCCGACUGUUUCGACCAAUGGCGACACCGCGAUCUCCGACACUGGAUACUCCAAGGCGGGCACAUUGGCAACUGGUGGCGGAGAGAUCAGCACCCAAGGUGGAGGAGAAGGGAGCACAUUUUCGUCACCUGCGCCUUCAGUUCGAUCGUUGACUACAACCUUGACAACGGUGCAAUCGGCGGCGCCGUCCACCCAACUAUACCCUGCGCCGAACGCACAACAAGGUCACUCACAUGGCAAUUCGACUCAGGGCUCCACAAACCAACAAAUUCAAUUCUCACACCAGUUCCCGAGCUCUUCAUGGCCUGCCACUGCUGUGCCGCCGCACCUCGUACCCCAAAACCAACCAAUGACCUACAACACCGCCACAGCCAACAAUGUCCUGACGGAUAAUGCUUCGAUUCUCACUCUGGCGAGCUCGUCCAAGCGACGUCGUCGUAACUCCCUAGACACUAAUGCUUCUGUUCUCGAAGCAUCCAAUACAUCGGCCUUCAAUGCACAGGGUGUUCUCACCCGUCCAAGUGUUGUUGGAUUGGCUAGCGCUGAGCGUAUCAGCGUUUACUCGUCAUCGGGUACAGCUCCCAUGGUGGGCGGUGCCGGAGAACGCGGCAGCCACUACACAGGAAAGCAGAACACUGGCACCGGGGACGGAGCAAGUAUUCGCAGUGGUGCGCCUUCUCAUGGUCGGAAUGAUAGUACCGCUGCGAGCAUUACCGGCGUUACUAGCCCUCUUGCUAUGGCAUCUGGCCGCGUUAGUCGUCGGAGCUCUGGAUGGGGAGAGAUUACUGGCGAUGAGGAGGAUAAGGGGAGCGAGGUGAAGGAGCAGAGGACAAGACUGCGGUCUGUCCUGAAGAGAGGCAUGAGGACGUUUUUGACGAAGAACCGAAGAUGA